AUGGGCAUUAAAGGACUGCACGGGCUUCUCAAGUCCAUUCAGAAACCAUGCCAUAUUAAGAAUUUCAAUGGGCAAACACUUGGAGUCGAUGCAUAUGGAUGGCUGCAUCGAGGAACCGUUGCUUGUUCAGUUGAUUUGGUCCUGGACAAUCCUACUAGGAAACACAUUGAUUUCGUCCUCAACCGAGUCCGCAUGCUUCUUUUCUUUGGAGUGAAACCCUACCUUGUCUUCGAUGGCGACAAUUUGCCCAGCAAGGCAGCCACCGAACAGGAUCGCUAUCGACGGCGUCAGGAAAGCAAGUCCCUUGGAUUGGAGCUACAGCGGAAAGGGAGAAUGCCAGAAGCUUACCAGGAGUUCCAAAAGGCCGUCGAUGUGACUCCCUACAUGGCUCGCCAGUUAAUUGAGGAACUGAAGCAAAUGAAUGUUCAGUAUGUGGUGGCCCCGUACGAGGCAGAUGCCCAGUUGGUGUACCUGGAGCAACAGGGAGACAUUCAAGGAAUCAUAUCUGAGGACUCGGAUUUGCUUGUCUUUGGAGCAAAGCGGUUGAUUUCCAAAUUGGACCAACACGGGGAAUGCAUUGAGAUAAAUCGCGCCAAUUUUACUGCUUGCCGCGAAGUCAGUCUGGUUGGCUUCAGUGAUCCAGACUUCCGAAACAUGUGCAUUUUGAGCGGUUGUGAUUACUUGACAAAUAUUCCUAAGCUGGGACUGAAGACUGCGUACCGGAUUAUUCGCAAACAUCGGAAUGUUGAAAAAGCCCUGCGUAUGCUCCAGUUCGAGGGCAACUUUCGAGUCCCGGCGGACUACCUGACCAACUUCAAACAGGCAGAGUUGACCUUUCUUUAUCAACGGGUCUUCUGCCGUAAAGCUGGGAAACUAGUGACUUUGACACCACCUGACAAGGAUAUCAAUUUGGCCACGCUGCCGUUUAUUGGCGCCGAUAUGGAGCCGGAAAUUGCCGUCGGAGUUUCUCGUGGCGAUCUGGAUCCAACCACCAAGGAACCAAUCACCCUGAAGCCACUAUUCGCAAACAGAUGGACCCUUGGCAUUAAUCGCCGCCAGACACUAGGUACUUCUUCCGAGUUGAAGCCAAAGAAGUCCAUCAAUUCGUUCUUCACUCCUAAGAGGACACCGCUAGCUGAGCUGGACCCUAACAGCCUAACUCCGUCUCCGAGCCAGCAGCGACUCCUUGAGCGAAAUGCAAACAACAGCUGGCAGGCCAAUACAGCGCCCUUCCGCUCCAACUCGGUCAGGUCCACGCCUCUCAGGGCAUUCUCUGACCAAGGCCUCAGCCCUAUGGUUCGGAGUGUGGAACGCUCGUCUCUUCUGGCGCAAAGUGCAAGAUCGUCGACAUUGCAGUCUACAAAGAGACAGAGGCUCUGCUCUGAGACUGAAGGAGAUUCUCUGCCAGCUUGUUCCCCUGCUCGCAGUCGGUUCUUUGCUCCUACUUCUGACCAAACUAGCCCUAGUGGCCAAAAGCUCUCCAGGUCAAAACGGUCACGAAAGUCUGUGAUCGGUGUCUUCUCUGAUGAAGUCGCCGAAGACAUAAUGUCCAGCAUCCCCGAUCCCAGUACCACACCUGGUGAAGUUGAAAUCCCUUUCAAGCCUACUUCCAACGAAGUCCGAGUGACUGAGGACCUUGAAAUAUCUCGGAAUAGCCCCAGAGAUACAACACCGAAUUCCCCCGGUUUCAGGCAGGCUCUUGACUAUCACGUUGACCGGCAAAACUCGAAUGUACUUUCCAAGUUUACUUUUCAAGCGGGGCAAAAGCCCGAAACAACCGCAGCUAGCUCUAUCAUCACUAAGGUUCCUGCGAUCCAGACUUCUCAUAGACCUUCAACACCCUCGACCCCCAGAAGCCCAGCUGCGGUCGCACGAAGCAACGUUUUUCAGCGACGCCUCACACCGCUCCAGCGGAUGGGACAGUCCGCUCUCAGUCGAUCUAACAGCAUCAACAUUCCUACUAAACUCCGGAAUGCCGAACCUGCUGAACCUCGGACUGAAGCCUCUUCUCCUGCCAUACAUAAGGGGUCCUCUUUUGCAGGAACUCAAGGCAGCGAAGAUCUCAUUGUCCCAGACAGUGAGGACGAAGAGGACGAGGAUGAGCCUAGCACAGGGCCCUCAACCACUCUUGAUCUGAAACGCUUUUCUUUUGGCGCAAACUAG